AUGUUGUCGGAGUACCUCGAGAUCGAUACUCCCGUCUUGACCCCCUUCCCCCCGCCUUCUCUCCACUCCGAAUGCCUCCCGCCAUCACCCGCAAACUCCCUUCCUCCUCCUCCCCACUCGGCGAUCUCCUCCUCUCCGCUGCCCUCUCCAAAUCCCCCUCCUCCUCCUCCCAUUCCUCCAAUUCCUCCUCCUCCCAUUCCAAUUCCUCCUUCCUCUCCCACAUCAACUCCGCCUCUUCCGCCGCAUGAGCCAAGUCUCCGCCCCCGACCUCUGCACCUACAACUCCCUCCUCCGCGCCCUCUGCAUCAACGGCCGGGUGCGNCUCCGAAUGCCUCCCGCCAUCACCCGCAAACUCCCUUCCUCCUCCUCCCCACUCGGCGAUCUCCUCCUCUCCGCUGCCCUCUCCAAAUCCCCCUCCUCGACGCCCGCUCCUUCAACAUCGCCAUCCACGCCUUCGCCCUCUGGCGCCGCCUCCCCCUCUCCCUCCGCCUCUUCCGCCGCAUGAGCCAAGUCUCCGCCCCCGACCUCUGCACCUACAACUCCCUCCUCCGCGCCCUCUGCAUCAACGGCCGGGUGCGCGACGCCGCCGAGGUGUUCGACGAAAUGCGGCGCUCCGGCCCCGACCCCGACGCCUUCACCUACCGCGCCCUCGUCCCCGCCCUCUGCCGCGCCUUCCGCGUCGACGACGCGCUCCGCAUCUUCCGCGAGAUGGACCGCGGCGUCCGCCCCGACACCGUCGUCUACAACGCCCUCCUCGACGGCCUCCUCAAGGCGCGCCGCCUCGACGACGCCUGCAGGCUCUUCGAGCAGAUGGCCGCCGACGGCGUCCGCGCCUCCUGCUGCUCCCACAACAUCCUCAUCCACGGCUUGUUCCGCAACGGCCGCCCCGCCGCCGCGUUCGCGCUCUUCUGCGACUUGAAGAGCAAGAGGGGCCAGUUCGUCGACGCCGUCACCUACAGCAUCGUGAUCGCGCAGCUCUGCAGGGAGAAGCGCGCGGCGGAGGCCCUCGAUUUGGCGCGGGAGAUGGAGGAGAGGGGGUUGGCCGUCGAUUUGGUCACGAUAACUUCGUUGCUCGUCGGGCUGCACAGGAGCGGCCGGUGGGAGCUCGCCGAGCAGUUGAUGAAGUAUGUGAGGGACAGCUCGCUGCUGCCGAGCGUUCUCAGUUGGAAGGCGAACAUGGAGGCGGCGAUGAGAGGCCCCCACGACAGGGGCAAGGACUACACCCCGAUGUUUCCGGAAUUCGAAGGAAACUUGAACGAUGUCGUGAGCUUGAUCGGCCGUAAAUCAUGCGAAGAUAUCGAAGAAGAAGCUUUAUCGGAUGAAGAGACGAAGGACGAGUGGUCUUCUUCCCCUUACCUCGACCGUCUCGCCCGCAAGUUUGAAUCUUUCGACGACCCCCCUACGUUUACUCCGCUUAGAGGGCGGAGGGUGCAAAACAUGGGGACGAAGAGCUUCGACGUCGACAUGGUUAACACGUACUUGUCGAUCUUUCUAGGCAAGGGGAAGUUGAGUGUCGCUUGCAAGCUAUUCGAGAUCUUCGCUUCGUCGCAAAAGGACGCGACGAGCUACACAUACAAUUCGUUGAUGAGUUCUUUCGUCAAGAAGGGUUACUUGAAAGAGGCGUGGGCGGUUCUUCAAGAAAUGGGGAGCAAGCUAUGCCCUAGCGAUAUCGCGACGUACAAUGUAGUCAUCCAAGGGCUUGGGAAAAUAGGGAAAGCGGAGCUCGCGAGCUCGGUUCUUGAUCAGUUAUUGAAGAAAGGCGGGUAUCUUGAUAUCGUCAUGUACAACACAUUGAUCAAUGCGUUAGGAAAGGGCGGAAAGAUCGACGAGGCGAACCAACUUUUCAAGCAAAUGAUCGGAAGCGGCGUUAAUCCGGAUGUUAUCACUUUCAAUACACUCAUCGAGGUUCAUGCGAAAGCUGGGAGAGUCAGAGAGGCAUACAAGUUUCUGAGAAAGAUGCUCGCCGCUGGUUGCUCUCCGAACCAUGUUACUGAUACUAUACUGGAUUUUCUCGAGAAGGAGAUUGAGAAGUCGCAGCACGAAAAAGCGUCAAUUGUGCGCCAAAAUGCAGAAUUCAACAAAGAUUUUUCGGUCUGAUAGGAGUGAAAUUUCUUUUAUAGAAUCAGAAAAGGCGUGGGAACUCCCAUGUUGUAGCUUAGAAUAUAAAAUCAGAUCAUAUUAUUUAUUCCUUUCUGUGAUGAUAAUUUCAACAAUAAUACAAUUUUAUAGUUGUAUCUACAUACUGUAUAGCUGAACUUGGCGUAGAAUAUCUAACUACUGCAUUUCUACCUAUGUCAAAAUUGAGCGUAGUUGGAAAUGCAGUAGCCAAGGAGAGUACGGACUCAGUUUGGUGUUGAAGAUCAUUUAAUGCUAUUAGGCAAGGCGGAGUUGGAGCUAAAACAUGCAGAGACAUAUGUAUCUCCGCUUUAUACAUACUAUAGUUGGACUUAGUAUUGAAGGGCUAACUAGUGCAUUUCGAUCCAUGUUGAAAUUGAGCAUACUUGGAAAUACAGCGGCUUAGUAAGGACUUGCUUGG